GUCAAUCUAACAGCUGUCUAAGCAUUCAACCAGUUAAAAUGGCUGCUGCAGCGUCGUAAUUGUUUAUUUGUUAUAAAUCAUUAAGUGUUGUGUAAAUAGCAGUAAAUAGUGAAUUGAAGCUGUAGAAGCAGUCAAAACGCUCAUCAUUCCUGUUUCACGUGAUUUGGACUAAAGUUCUAUAAGCGAACAUGGGAAACAACAGCAAAAAUGGUUCUCGUAGUUGCAGCCUUUGUCUUGCAAUUUGCAUCCUUUGGAGCUGUUGUCCUAAUUUAAUUGCGUCUGUUGCCGUCACCGAGAAUCAAAGUACUCAACGUUAUCUGCCGAAUGUCGCAUUGGGCGAAGAACAGCUAAAGCAAAUGAUCAAAGGCGGCGGAGCAGCCCAAAUUAAUUGGCAACAACAACAACGCGCCAAGCAAGAAGCAACCGAUGUAAAGACUGAGCUCGCGAAACUGAAUACAACAUAUGUUUACCAGAAUGCCUGGCCAGCAAAUGACGUGAAAUUGGGCGCUGUGACAGCAGUUAGCUUCGAUCGAGCAGGAAAUGUGGUCAUAUUUCACAGAGUGAAUCGUAUCUGGACUCAGAGAACCUUCGACAAUGCGAACGUUUAUCAGGAGCGCAACAAGGGACCCAUUAAAGAGAACACUGUGCUGGGCCUUGAGCCCGAUACUGGCAAUGUAGUCUACGCUUGGGGUAAAAAUUUCUUUUACAUGCCACACGGCUUGAGCAUUGAUCCCGAGGACAAUGUUUGGGUGACUGAUGUUGCUAUGCAUCAAGUAUUCAAAUUCCCACCGCGUGGAGGAAAUGGCACAGCCCUUUUAACGCUGGGCACCGCCUUUCAUCCGGGCAGUAACAAGAAGUUCUGCAAGCCAACCGCCGUCGCAGUGCUUACCAAUGGUGACUUUUUUGUAGCCGACGGAUAUUGUAAUGCACGUAUUGUCAAGUAUUCGAAGGAGGGCGAGCAGAUACUUGUCUGGGGCCAGAAUUCCUUUUCCGGCUUCUCUUAUGAUGUGGCACCGACCAAUUUCUUUGCCAUUCCGCAUGCUCUGACACUCGUACCCGAGUUAGAGCUGGUAUGUGCCGCCGAUCGGGAGAAUGGACGUGUGCAGUGUUUCUACACGAACAAUGGAACCUUUCACUCCCAAUAUCACAAUCCCCUCAUUGGCGAUCGUCUGUUCAGCGUGGCCUAUACACCAGCAGCUGGCGGACAGCUGGUGAUUGUUAAUGGACCCACCGCGGAAUUAGGAAUAUCUCCACAACACUACAACGAAGUGCAUGGCUUUGUCAUGAGCAUGCGCACACGACAAAUAAUCUCCAAGUUUGGCCCAAACAAUCUGGAGUUCCACAAUCCUCACGACGUGGCCGUCACUGCGGACGGAAAUGCUAUCUAUGUGGCCGAAUUAGAUCCCAUGCGUAUACACAAAUUUGUGCACAAAUCGCAGGCCAAGCCCAUGUCUCUCUCUGUGGUAAAGGCCAGCAGCAGUGUCAUUGAUUCGACAGCUACCACGACGCCACGUCAUCAUCCGAGUGGCAAGGCUAUAUUGGUGGCAUCGCUGAUGCUGCUGUUUGCCGGCUCCACAUUUGCAUUGGCGCUGUUAUGGGCGCGUCGUCGCAAACGAGGUUGCCUUCCAUUUGGCACACACAAUCGCCGUCAUGCCUGGGAGAAGACCGAGGGCUUUAAGCUAGGCGGCCUUUUGGAUCGCAAUGGCUUUGAGAAGCUUGAGCAGAAUGCCAGCGAUGAGGAGCAGGAACAGGAGACGACAACGCUCUCACAGUACGCCUAGGACAGCAGCGGAACGUACAACAGGACCAAGAGACUUAUCUAUUUUGUAAAGCUAACUAAGCAUUCCUAGUUCUAGUUCUAAAUACCUCAGUGAAUUUUUAGCUAUGAUUUUAUUUUUUAUACUUUUACCAUGUGACUGUGUUAUACUUUCUGACCAUUCCAAAAACAAUAUGUCAACGUAAUGUUGCUGAUACUUUUGCCAAUUGCCAAUUUAAGUACACAAUAUACAUACAUACAUAUUUA